GAGAGCAUCAGAUACAGUUUGACCUCCGCACCGUCAGCACUCAAUAUUUACUCAAAAUUCAACAAGCAAAAUGUCGAAGAUAUCAGCUAAAAAUAACAAACAGUUCAUCAGCAAUAACAAGAAGAAGUUCACGAUGUACUCCUACAAGUCGAAAGUGUCACCAACUCGUCGCCUUACAAAUAUUCUUAAGCCGCUGCUUGGACACUUUUUCAAGCUGAAGGCAAAGCAGCCAAAGCGAAGCUCCUACAUUGCUUCAGAUGAGAAGGAAUCUGAGUUCGACUGGCUAAACAACGAUAUGGAUAAUAUGUCAAACGAGCACCUCGAAAAUCGGCUCAUCGAGGAGAUCAGGCAGUGCGCCAAAGAGGAGGCGAUCAUUGUCUACAACGAAGACGGAUCCGGCGAACUACAAACGUUUGAUCAAGGAGAGUACUAUGUGCCCGUACACUUUGCCCGCACCAAUGGCGGCACAUUCUUCUGGACCUCCCUGCAGCCCAAGUCGGCGAAGCCCUAUGACAUCGAGUGGAACUUCCAUGAUCGCUGGGCACAAGCAUGAAGGACACGCAUCAGCAAAUAUGGGUUCUAAAUUCUUCAAGUCUGGGUAUGGCUUCAGUAGAUUGGGUAGCUAGGCCUGUGGUCUUCGAAUCAAAGUUCGAAUGAGGUUCGCACUUCGACUUUGAGCUCAUCAGUGGGGCAGACGGUACACUGCGCAAGUAUAUCCCUGAAACUAAUGUAUUGGCUUUGCAUUAUAAAUGAUUGUUUAAAAUGUUUAAGGCGCUAGCAAUACAUUAAUAUUAGCACAGUUCAACGAUUCGUUCUUUUACCUUUGGUAAAAGUAUAGAAUUACAACAGGGCGGGGCAACGAUAUGUUUGUAAAGAAAAGUCAAAUGAAAUAAAACAAAUUUUAAGCAUA